AUGUGCCACUUUCAGGUCUCCUCACACUGCUGGUGUGUUCCAUUUUUUGUCAUAGGGUGCUGGCAGAUUACGGGCCUCCCAUAGCUGCUGCCAGGCCCCUAAUCUGCCAUGGGCCCCUAUACCGCCUCCUCAUGCUGCUGCCAGGUCCAGAGUCUCUCAUGGGUCCCUGUACGGCCUCCCAUUGCUGCUGUCUCCAUCGCCACACUCUGCCAUGUGCCACUUUCAGGUCUCCUCACACUGCUGGUGGGUUCCAUUUUUUGUCAUAGGGUGCUGUAUGGCCUCCCAUUGCUGCUGCCUCCACCGCCACACUGUGGCUCCACACUCUGGUUUUGGCCCCGUGACUGCCCAAAUGAGUGAAGUGUGCGGUGAUUCUAAGAUCGACGGCACUCAUCUGCAUGUCAUACUGACUGACAGUAUUAUUUCUCUUCCCCAGCAGACUCCAAGGGCAUUUAAAUUAAAGGUACAGUGUUCUGCACUAAUAUUA